UGUGAGGGCUCUUUUUUGGCACACGAGACUUUCUGUAACUUAACGCUGAGGAGCUUUAACUGCACGAGGAAUGCCACAAAUAAUGCGCCAAGCCAGUCCUUAUGCAUCAGCUGAGAGAACAGAGGCAGUUUUUGACAAGAAGAUUACAUUCUGUUAAACACGGGUGUUUGUGGCUGCUUCUUUUUAAGCAAGCAAAACAUUUCCACUUCUUCUAAAAGCCAGUUGAUAACGAGGAACCAGGAAUAACGUCGUUAAACACUGAAAACUCAAGCGCGGCACUUGGAAAAGAGCAUUAUUUUUAGACUAAAGGGAAAAACUGUACUUGGCCAGCAGAAAAGGAGCUCAGAAAGAGGAAGAAAGCCCCGCUGUACUGGGAGCUUUGAAGCACUUUUAACUUGGAUGUCAUCUAUUAGCGGGAUUGCCACAGAAGCCUGUCACGGAAAGCUUUUUGUCGGUAUGGCUCUUUGGUAAUCCUUUCUGCAAUACGGAUAAAGCACAGCGGUGAUGGGGGCAUCGAUUUGCAGUUUGUAUCAGGUUUUGUGUAAGGCUAAGAAAUAUAUCCAGGAGCUGGAGCAAACCUUGGGUUCUUUGCUGAAGAUGAAAGAGUCCUUCAGUCUGGAGGAGGGGAACCCGUCCAGCCUGGAGGAAGUCAAGGAGGAAUAUGUCAAGAGGUACUUCAACAAUCACAGCACUGCAUCACCCUCAGGAGCUGUGAGUGAGAGUAAUUCCACCGUCUGGUAUUUGAUACAAGAAUGUGAAAAACAAACAAUGGAAGAGGAUGGGAAGCCAGUAUUUACCCAGUACCCAAGCACUUCAUCCCCAGAGCUGGUGGAAUUUGAACGGUACCUGUAUGUUUAUAAGCACACAGUAGACCUGCUGAUAGAGCAUGGAGUUGUUUGCACUAAGGAGGCACCUCUUCCUGUGGUCUCCAUGGCUAUUUCACACCUCUGGCAAGAACUUUCUGAAGAAAGGAGAGACAGCAUCUUGCAGUACUGUAGCCAGAGAGAUUUCCUCCUGGAUCCGAAGGCUGCUUGCCAAGAACCUGCGUGCACUGAUGGUGACGUGAGGGACAGUCAAGGUAACAGUGAGGAAGCCAGUGGUUCCUCAGUCUCUACACCGGAGGAAGUAAUGUUUGAAGAUGCGUUUGAUGUUGCUGCUGGUUUUCUUGACACAAAUGAGACUCAGGGAACGUCUAGCCAGAGUUCAGCAUUUGCAAGCUACACUUCUGAAAAUCCAGAGGAUGACCACAGACUCUAUCUGCAGAUCACUGACUUCCUAAAAAGCCUUUUCUUUGCUAAUGCACAGUUUUGCCAGGAAGAAGAUCUUCAGUUUGAUUAUGAGACUGUGAUGCUGAGGUGCACUGAGACCUUCGAUGAUGAAGAUUUGUAAAUAGUAUCUCUGUUGGCUAAAGUGGUGUACCCAGCAGUGCUUGGCAAAAGUCAUGUGAAGAGACUGCACCUCUUUUGGUGGAGCACCUUUCCAAGCAGAAUGGGGAGACACCGUGUUGAAGUGGUUUGUUAUUGUUAACUUCCCCUUCCCUCGUCAGCGCUUCUCAACA